UUGUAUAAUAAUGCCUGGUUUCGGUUUAGUUAUCAACACUCAUUCACACUUAUUACUCCGGUAUUCUCAUCGCCAAUACCCAGUGAGUAACCGUCAUGCGCACAGGUAUGGUAGACAUGGGGAGUGUGUAUUGACACAGGUCACAAGAGAUGAAAUCCGUCAUUGAAUAGAUUCUCUCCUGACUCAAACAGUCCCUGACUACCUACCACAAUCCAAAUAGGAUAAAGCGUUCGUGUAACAAGUUGGACGUUGGUAUGCAUAUAUAACCCCCCCAGACAACCUCGCAAAGAAUAGCUCUCAUGUACCAAUCCCAUCAUCCUCCCAACACCUCUAGGCCACCCAUAGUCUUUCAAGAUCCAUAAACCUCAACGCAGCACCGGGAUUUACGCAACACAAAGUCGGGCAUGUCCGGAAACGCUAACGCUGACCACGAGGUCAGCAAUGACCCGGCCAAGAACGAGUCGACCAAGACAUCAGGGUGGAACUCACUCCCAUUUGAACUUCAAAUUAUGAUCAUAGAGAGCUUGGAACACCAGAGUUUCCGGAAGGCCUGGUUGAAUUGUCGCAUAGUCUCACGAAGCUUCCAGGAAGCGACCGAGCGAGCUUUCAAAACCCGCAUUGUCAACAAACUUUACUUUGCCCUUCCUAUGAGUGGCUUUGAUGCAGUAAAGCUAGCCGGCGGCCCUGCGCAAGAUUUUCAUCCUAUGGCUUUUAUUACAUCAGCCAUACCAUUCUCCCACAUUUCCCCAGAUAACACACAAGUUGUUUUCCAAGUUAAAAGGGAUAGUAAAUACGCGGUUACUUGCGACACGCCACUGGGGGAAAUCCCGUUGCGAGACACUCAAAUACGAAUUGGAGGUCGAUUCUUGCCUUUAGAGCCCCUUGAAAAGUUUUGGUGGGAACAAGCAUUCGAUCGAAGUGAAAACGCCCCUAAAAUCCACAGAAAACACAGACCUUGUGUUGUUCAUUCAGAACUCCGGUGGUCGUUGCGGAAUACUUAUGAAGGACACAUCCAUGGAUCGGAAAUAAGAGUUACAAUGCCUUGGCGGCUUAUGAUGAGUUCUGUCCUAGGUGAUGAAUCUGAGCUUGCAAACGAGAUGAGGUAUCUCGCUCGUAAGGAUCUCGAGGUUACACAUUGGCAUAUGGACCCUGUAAUGGAACCGGGGAUGAGAAUAGCUUUACAAUCGGAAGUUGUACGUCUCGAACGAUUCAAAAAAUGCUUCGAGGAUGCAAUUCACUACACUGCGGGGUAUAAAAGGCAAAGAUGGGGAUACUUAUGUGAGUUAUUUACAACUCUAAAAGGAGAGAAGUCGGUGUGGUACGAAGAAUGGCUUUCCGUGAUAACUCAAGGUCAUUCUCUGGUAAACACAAAAUCUUAAAGUUUUGUCUGUUGGAGUGACAAGGUAUUGUGUACACAAUUGGUAUGAUUAGGUAAUAGAUGAAAGGAAAGUAAGAAACGACGAGACGACUGAAAACGAUGAGAUCUGAUUGAUU